UGUAAUCUGCUAUAAAAUAAUCAAACACCUCUUCGGCCAAAAUUGUUCGCUGUGUACCUUUGAUCUCCUGUCUUUGCUUGAGCUUUUUUCGUUCAUUAGCAAUUGUUUAGUUUAGUGGAUUCAACCCUUUGUAGUUUACGUCGCCGUUUCCGUACAAUUUGCAUUCAAACUACAAUGUGGACCUCGCGUUUAUCUGUUCUACUCAUCAUUUCCACCAUUCUACUUGGUGUUCUUUCCUCCCCUGUGGCUUUCCCAGCUUACCCCUCAUUCGCCGGUCUCGAGCGUCGUGUUGGUUCUAAGGUUCGCUUUAUUGGAUUACGCCUCUGGCUCAUCCGGCGAGUGCUGAAGGAUGGCGAACUUACUGUCCUCGACAGCAGAUCUAACGUCAAAGUCGACAAGAAUGAGAGAUGGGGCAUAUGUAUACACACGGAAUGCUUCGAGUUAGCUUUGAAUGGCAUGAUUGGAAUUGAAGUUUACCACGAAUUCAUGCGCCCUAAAUGGAAGACCGAACGAAACGAAAUACCAAUCACAGAUCUUGGAGCUAAGGUCAAUUGGGGACUCGGCUCGAUGAAAGUCGCAGUCGUAAACGAAUUCAAGCACACCGCAUAUGGGUCUCAUGAUGAUCUCGGGUUCUUAAACGAUGUGGUUACCAUCUUGCUCCGACAUAACAUGCUUUACUCGAUGGAUCAGAAGGGGGAGAGGCUGGAAGCGUUGCCGGAGUGGGACAAAUACUACAAUGCAAUGAAAGCUGCACGCGCCUCCACCACUGGAUGAUAUUUGUAUGUAUAGAUCGUCUU